GGGCCCGGAGCUUGUGGGCGUGGACAGCACCAUGCCGCAUGACAUAUCCGGCUUCCAGGCUGCCUACAUCACCAUCGAGGUGCUGAUUGCCCUUGUGUCCAUCCCUGGGAACAUCCUGGUGAUCUGGGCCGUCAAAGUCAACCAGGCCCUCCGCGAUGCCACCUUCUACUUUAUCGUCUCACUGGCAGUGGCAGACGUAGCUGUGGGAGCCCUCGUUAUCCCGCUGGCCAUCAUCAUCAACAUUGGACCGCAGAUACAUUUCUACAGCUGCCUGAUGGUGGCGUGUCCUGUGUUGAUCCUCACCGAGAGCUCCAUCUUGGCGCUGUUGGCCAUCGCUGUGGAUCGCUACCUCAGAGUGAAGAUUCCUAUGCGGUACAAGAGCGUGGUGACUCCCAAACGUGCUGGGGUGGCCAUUGCUUGCUGCUGGCUGGUCUCCUUCCUGGUGGGGCUGACCCCGAUGUUUGGCUGGAACAACCUGAAGGAGGUCCAAGAGGCGAACUCCAAUCAGUCAGACCUGACCAUCAGUUGCCAGUUUGAACACGUCAUCAGCAUGGAGUAUAUGGUCUAUUUCAACUUCUUUGUGUGGGUCUUGCCUCCGUUGCUCCUCAUGUUUGUCAUCUACCUGGAGGUCUUCAAGAUCAUCCGAAGGCAGCUGAACAAAAAAGUUGCAUCCAGUGCAACAGAUCCGGAGAGAUAUUAUGGGAAGGAGCUGCACAUCGCCAAAUCCCUCGCCCUGGUUCUCUUCCUCUUUGCCGUGAGCUGGCUGCCUCUGCACACCCGUAACUGUGUCAGCUUUUUCUGCCCCUCGUGCAAAACCCCCAGCAUCCUCACCUAUAUUGCUAUAUUUCUGACACAUGGGAACUCAGCUAUGAACCCCAUCGUUUAUGCGUUCAGGAUUAAAAAAUUCAGGACCACAUUCCUGCAAAUCUGGAACCAGUAUUUUUACUGCAAAGGGGACAAGAACAUGAACAAUAUUGAUAACACUGAUAUUGCCAUCUAGGAGUUAACCAGUGUCGGGCUGGCCCGCAGCCUUCAAGCCACCCGGGAUGGCUUAUAAACAUCAUUUUCAUUGGCCAAAUGGCCAAAGUGGCUUUAUCACCAUUGUAUGCAAUGCCAAGAGCCAAUCAAGGGCAUUAUUUAUUAUUACUACUAGCAAUACUCAUUGUACCAUUUGGUAUUCUAGGACAUGUUCUUCCCGCCACUGUUCCACCCCACCCCCCUGUUUAAGGUGACAUAUAUUUACACAUUUAAAGGGGAAUUAUACCAACUGGAAACUGUGGCAUAUCUUUCAUUCCAAUAAACAAGAAACACUUCUCUGUAGUUUUAUUCGUGGGAAGUAGCUUUUCAGCUAUGGAGCUUUGAAGGAUGUAGGCUGUUCAGAUGACACAAGAGGAUCAGAAGGAAAGAGGAAUGUGAAACUUGUGAUAGGUGGCUAUAAAGCCAGGGUUGCAAUUUAGUUAUUAGUUUUG